GAGAGCGGCGGCCAAAGUCAAACAACAUUGAAGAGUUAAACGCUUCGAUCUUUUCAACUCUGUUUUUUUUCUUCUUCUUCGUUGUUCAUUCGACCCUUUUCCCCCAUUAAUCUUUUUCCUUUAUUAAUUUGAUCUCGGCCUCCUCCCGAUGCUAAACCAGCUCUCAAGAAGAAAUACUAGUAAAUGGCUGCCGAGGGAGGAGGAGGAACCAAUGUUUCUCUCUCUUCUCACACCCUGCAAGCCACGCCCGUCUGGGCUCUCGCCACCGUUUGCUUUGUCUUCAUCUCUCUCUCUCUUUUGUUGGAGCACCUGAUCCACCUCCUUUGCAACUGGCUCAAAAGACACCGAAAGACUGCUAUGUUUGAAGCAGUGGAGAAGCUUAAAUCAGUGUUGAUACUCUUGGGGUUCAUGUCGCUCAUAUUAACAGUAACUCAAAGACCCAUUUCCAAAAUCUGCAUAUCCACCAAAGUUGCAUACACCAUGCUUCCUUGCCACAAAAGUGCAUCAACAAGAACUACCAAAGCACUAGGGUUUGCUCACACAUGGACUACUGCCACGUCUCACGAACAUUCUUUGCCAGCGACAGAUGUUUUUGAGGAUGUUCCGUGGCAGCGGGAAAGAAGAUUGGCAGCAGCUGAUACAAGUAACGCUUCUUCUGAUCAUUGUGCUUCCCAGGGAAUGACCUCUUUUAUGUCACAAGAUGGGAUCCUUCAGCUCAACAACUUUAUAUUCGUGUUGGCUGUUAUGCAGAUUGUCUAUAGUGUUCUAACCAUGGCUUUAGGAAGGGCCAAGAUGAGACGCUGGGAAGCUUGGGAGAAAGAAACUCAGACAAUUGAUUACCAAGUAGCUAAUGAUCCUAAUCGGUUUAGAUAUACAAGACAAACAACAUUCGGGCGUCGGCAUACGAAUUCUUCUACAAAAUUUACAACUCUUCAUCUUUGGAUCAAAUGCUUCUUCCGUCAAUUCUUUCGGUCAGUGGCCAAAGUUGACUACCUCACUCUACGCCACGGUUUUAUCUCGGCCCAUUUGUCAACAAAAAACUCUUUCGAUUUCCAGAAGUACAUACAACGAUCGCUGGAGGAUGAUUUCAAAGCUGUAGUCGGCAUCAGCCCUCUCAUGUGGUUUCUUGUCGUCAUUUUCUUGCUUGUCGACGUGCAUGGUUGGCAUGUGUACUUUUGGAUAUCAUUUCUCCCGCUAAUUAUAGGUCUAGCUCUUGGAACCAAACUGGAAGUGAUAGUAGCAAGAAUGGCCCUUCAGCUCCAAGAUCAGAAUCUUGUAAUCAAAGGAGCACCUGUGGUGCAACCUAAUGACAAUCUCUUCUGGUUCAAUCACCCAAAAUUCGUCUUGACCUUUUUACAUUAUACUUUGUUUAUGAAUGCUUUUGAGUUGGCUUUCUUUGUUUGGGUCACGUGGCAAUAUGGGAUAAAGUCUUGCUACCAUCAAAGUGUUGGAUUCAUCAUUAUCCGGAUGAUAUUGGCGGUGGUAGUUCAAGUCUUAUGCAGUUACAUUACUCUUCCCCUCUACGCUCUUGUGACCCAGAUGGGCUCACAAUUCAAAGGCGCUGCGCUAGAAGAGCAAACAGUGCAUGUUGUAAAGCAAUGGUAUGCUGAAACGAGGGACAGAAGGAAAAAGCAACAAGAUUUUUCACAAACUGGUCGGGACCGUUCGUCGUCAACUGUAUCAAGCAGUAAUAGAACCACGGGUUCGCUGGAUUUGUCUUCUCAUCACCGGAGUCAUCCUUUUGGGGAAAUCGAAAUUGUUGAAGAACGUGAUCAUCAAGAAACUCACCAAGAUGAGCUUGAGCUAGGCAUGGUUUCAUCUAAUAUUGUGCAAAUAGAACUCUCAGAGGUCACUAAAAUUCCAAGUUAGUUUUGGAGAAGGAAGCUAAGCGGAUCAAGAUGAAAAACGGAACUGUGCAUUACAGAAUUGAAGCUUGCUUUUGAUUAUAAAUAUUCAUUCAAUAACCUUGUAUACUUACAAUUUGAAUGUUUUGAUCUUAUAUAUGUACAUAUUUUCUUUCAAAA